GCAAUAUUACAUCAAUAUUAAAAAGCUGUGUGGAAGAAAAGCUUUUGGAAGAAUUUACAUGGAAACUUUUGUAUGUUUUCUUUUGGUGCAAUUCAAACACCGACCGCUAGUGGGCAGCAAUGGCUUUUGUUUCCACCAUUGAAAUGUUAAUCCCGCUAUUAUGUUUCAGAUACCUAAUGUUAAACAUGUUACCUGUUUCAGUUUGGACUGUUUAUUGAAUAUUCUCACAAUAAAAUCAGUCUAAAAAAAUCGCUAAAAUCAUCUGGCUUAAUGCAUCGAGAUAUAUCGUAUCGUCUGGCCGGCAUUCCCAGUUUAAAGCGAGUUUCAGCCUUGAUCCAAUGUCUUCACAGUCUGUUUACAGUGUGUUGUUAGUACACCCCUUGUAUCUUGAUACGUAUCGUAUCGCCAGAAUCUCACCAACACACGUCCCUGUUUCAAAGGAUGCACUCAAGACAGAACAUGUCCCAGUGAAGAGACAAGGCAGUUCAGAUUCAAAGCCAGCCCCACCCCACCCUCCAAAGCACCCUUCUGUCCCAUAAAUGAAGAAGAUGGGUCUGGUGUACCCUUUGUAGCCCACCCUAUCCCAAGAGUCAUUGCAGGCUCAUGGAAUCUGCAGCUCACACCUGGUUACCAUUGGUUACAGGAUGGAGUGCGCUGACUGGACGCUGACUGCACCGACUCCACGUCUCAUGUCAGGAUGUCCCACUCAUCUGCUGAAGAUGAGCAGAGGGGGGUGGAGCUUACCAGCAGAAUGUGGGCGGAGCCUGAGCCGGGUCCAUCCAGGUGUCAGCCCGGCAGGCAGGGCUACUGUGGAUACUGCAGGGUGCUGUACACUAACCUGGAGCAGCACCUGUCGAGUCUCAGACACCUGGACUCGGUCCGGAGUUCCUCCAGAAGCUCCACCCGUGUGUCCUCCACCUGGAGCAGACUGACAUUGCUGGAGCGCUUCCUGCAGGACGUCCUACAGCACCACCCGCACCGCUACAGCGACCCCAGGUCAUCCCAUUCUGACCUUCCAUCAGUCUCCACCCCCCCACUACCAAGGACAGACCUGGAUGACGUCUUCGUUCCUAAGGACGACAGUCUCUCUUCGGGAAUCCAAGAACACCUGUCCGGUUCUGGUGGUGCGUCCUGUCAGCCAGCUCGUCACGAAGAAGACUACGGCGUUCUCAGCCAGUCCAGAGAGAGGACACGUCUGGAGAGGCUUUCUCCUCCAGUCAGAGUUCAGGACGAUGGAGGGGCACAUCCUGCUGGGCACACACAUUUACCGCACCGUAAAGCUCCGCCGCCUCACUCUGAGACUCCACCAACUCAGUCUCAGGCUCCACCCGCUCUCUACAGGAAAGCCCACAGGAAGACCAACAGAAGGAAACCCAGCGAGUCUUCAUCUUCCUCUCGUGCCCACGGGGGCCCAGGUUUCCAGCCUCACCAACAGGAAACACCUGGAGGGCUGAGAUCCCAGUCCCCAACAGAACCAAAGCCCCAGGCCCGCUCAGACCUCAGGGCCUGGCUGAGCUGGCAGAGAGAGAGGAGGGAGGCUCAGAAGGAGAAGACUUUCUCCUCAGACCACACAGACCUUCUGGAACAGACCAUCGAAGAGGUCAUCCAGACGUAUUGCCACCAGCAGGAGGAGACAGAGAAUCUCGAUUUCAGCUUUCCUGUUCCCAUGGAAACACAGAGUGAGGACUGGGACUCGCCUGUGCAGGUGGUUUUUCAAAAAGCUGGGACACUCAGUGGCACACCUGUACAGGUGAUCCAGACAGAGGGCCGGGACAUCAACAAGCUGAUGGAAGUUCAGGUGGACAUGGAGGACCAGAUGUACUCUAAACAGCUGGACUCUGCCCUUCUUGGGGUCAGAGUCGAGAAAGAUGAGGGGUUCUGGACUCUGCCCAUAGAGGAGGUCCUGCCGGUCCCAGAACAUAUCCCAGAAUCCUUCAGGGGUAAGACCUGGGCCCAGAUCGAGAAGGAGGACGAGGAGAAAGUGGAGAAACUGGUCCGAAGGUUCAGACGAGGAAGAUUCAUCUGUUACUUUGACACUGAGUCGUUGGCCAGGUACGGGAGGAGGAGCCAAAAGAAAAAGGAGCUCACUGAAACCGUGGAGGCAGAGCCAGACACAGGUGUGCUGUCCUUAAUGGGCGGGGAGGAUGAUGAGUCUGUGUGUGUAAGAAGGAGGAAGAGGCGGAGCCUGAGACUGGCAUCCCGGUGCCAGGUGGUUAAAGUGAGCCACAGCACUCAGACAGUUCAAUUGGUGGUUCCAGCUGUCCCUCAGCCGUCCCCACAAGCUCCAGCCCCCAGCAUACCUGCAGCUAUUGAGAGGACGCCGGAGUCAUGGUGUUGUCUCCCGUCAUCCUACUCCAACAUUGUAACACCUGUGCAGCAGGGCACCUCGCUGGUCUACUUGCUCUGCUCCCCUUCAAGCCCCACCCCCACUCCCCUGGAAGGCUCUACCUCGAAGAGCUGCAGGAGGAGGCUACGUCCAGUGGAUCGACAGGGGUUAAAGGUGAAAUAUAAAAGACUUCCUGUUCACUUUUAUGAGCCCAGGACCAAUCGCAUCCUGAAGAAACCCCCUAAAGGGGUACUAUGGUACAGAGGCUCCACCUCCGUGGGCCCACCCCCACCAUGCAUCCGCCAGCUGUUCAGGAGUCUGAGUCCAGACCUUAACACUGAGGGGGUGGGGCCUAAAGGUGACCUAAGCACACUUUGUAGAACCUCCUCCCAGACUGACAGGAGACGGGGAAAGACUUCUCAGGCCACACCCCUCCAUAACAGAUCAGAGCAGGAAAGAGGACAGAGGCCAUGUCUGCCAACCUCCAAAAGAAGAUCCAGGGUUCAAGCCCCACCCCCACAGCCUAGAAGGCAGGGCUUGCGCUCCUCAGGCCCCGCCCAUCCACCUUCACGCAGGGGCAGGGGUCAGAGAGGGCGGGGCAGUGACAAGGGGUGUAGAUAGUGACUGGAUUGGUCAUGGCGGACUCUGGUUCAGGUUUGGCUGGACUUUAUCUACUGGUGCCAAAACUAGACAGAUCCUGUUUACAUCGUCAUGUCCACUUCUAAAACAAAAUAUAUCAGAGUUUUAAAAUCAUCACAUCAGAAAGUUAAAGGGACAAUGUGUAUUUUUCCUGGGGCUGGGGGGCAGUAGAUGCCUAAAUCGUUGCAAGCAAGCAGUAUUUUUGUGUUGGAGUAAGACCUUACCAGCGGAUGCCCAUUAGGAUCAAAAAUCCCUGGGGAGUGUAAACUGUAACAAAAUAACAAGCACAUCAGACUCCCUUUCAUCACUGGCAACAAGUGAAGAUGUAAAUGUGUAAAACAACAUGUAAGAAUGAUGAAAGUUUUGUUACUGUUUGUUUUAAAUCUGUAAAUGUGUUUUAUCCUCAUGGGCUCCUGUAGAAGGAAACAUGGCAUCUGAUGUGGCAUCGCCCAGAGUCUUAGACCCGCUCCCAUGUAUUUUAGACAUGAUUUCUAUGGUUAUAUGUUACGAAGCCUCCAAUAUUUUUCGAAAACUGGGCAUCCUUUAUUUCAUUUUCAACAACAUUUUGAUGGAUGUUUCCAGAAAUUAAUGGUAAAAAAAAACUACACAUUGUCUCUUUAAAAACCCAAAUUAGCUCCAAGCAUUAUCUGUGAUAUUUUGAGCCUCAUGUUUAUUAUUUAGGGAAAAACUCCAAAUAAAUAAAUACAAUUUAAUCAUUUGUUUUGUAAACAUGUCAUUUACAAAUUGAUCAUCUGUGUCCCACAAGUCAGAGUCAGAAAGGAUUUAUAAUUUAUUUUCACCUUCAAAUAAAAACCAGUAAAAUGAUUUAAAUAGUACUUUAUUUUGAAUGUGACUAUGACAUCAUCAGCCACGUUCCAGGUGUUUGUCCUGAACCUUGGCAGAUGUGUGCUUUCAUACUUUUUUUACACAGGUGUGCUUGUUAUACUUUUUAUUUUCUUUUUAUUUAAACAUGAACAAUCUCGUUCUGAAUAAACGUUUUUUUACUCUGAA